UCCAAAACCCCUCUUAAACCUUCCCAACACAAAUUGCAACUAGUCAUCUCAGGCAACAACAUAGGAACCAAAUCAAACCAAACUGCAUGCUUCUUCAAUAGCAUAUGCGCAUGAAGACUAAUAAUAACGUUUCUGGGGAGAGGAAAUCACGGAAGAGACGCAGUGGAGUGAGUGAUUCUGUGGAGGACACUCUUGAAAAGUGGAAGGAGUACAACAGGAAGCAGCAACUAGGGUGUAGAGAAAAUGGGGUGGAAGUGAUUCACAAAGUGCCUGCAAAAGGGUCAAGAAAAGGGUGCAUGAGAGGGAAGGGAGGGCCUCAGAACUCGGAUUGCAAGUUCAGAGGUGUGAGGCAGAGGAUUUGGGGCAAAUGGGUUGCUGAGAUUAGGGAACCUAUCAAUGGGAAGCUUGUGGGUGAGAAGGCAAAUAGGCUUUGGCUUGGUACUUUUUCCACUGCACAUGAAGCUGCUCUUGCUUAUGAUGAGGCUGCUAAGGCCAUGUAUGGCCCUUGUGCCCGUUUGAAUUUUCCUGAAUCUAAUGGAUCAUCAUUAUCAUCUAGUGGUUGUGAUCAGAAAUCACCAACUGCUUCUGAGGUUGGUGAUUUUGAGGAAGAAACAGAAGAGAAGCCUUGUGUGGCUGAUGAGUCAAUAGAGGAGUUGAAGGAAAUGGUCACAACUGGCUUUGAACAUCAAACAAGUGAAGAAUGUAAGGUUAUGAGUUUGAGUAGUGUUGUUAAGUCUCAAGGAUUUGGGAGAGAGUUAGAGGAGGUGGUGAGAAACUUAGGUGAAGAGGGUAAUCAAUUGCAGAAGGAGCCUAUGGAUAUUAGAGAUGACUAUUGUAGCUCUUUCGAUGCUGCUGAACAUGAGAUUCUGGUAAAGAGUGAAGAAACAAGAGGUGAAUCAGUUGAAAGUUUCAGAUCGUGUGAGUUGAGCUGCAGCAAUCAUGAUAUGGUGCCAGAUAGCAAUCCAAGACCAAAUUCUGAAGCAUGUGUUGCUAAGAAAAACACCGAGGAAGUGAUAUCUGAAAUCCUGGGACUAUGUCACAGCAAGUGCUUGGAGAUGACACCAAAUGAGCAAUAUAGAAGUGAACAUUUUGAUGAGAUGAAAACUAAGCUUAAGGGUUUGGAAUGUAAGCUGAGAGCACAUUGUAUUCAUUACAAGAAUCAGGCACAAAUAGAUGGGGAUUCCAAUCAUCCUUCUAUGGAAAGUAUGUCCCAAGUUGAGGCUUUGAACAACAUCAAUAAUACAAACAGAAAUUCACUACAUGGAUUCAGUUCUGGGCAUAGUAGGAAGUUAUGUGAUCUUUCUCAACAGUUACACAAACAUCGGAACAAUAUGCAGUUUGCAGAGUUGGAAGUGGGUUAUGAUUAUAGUUUCUUGCGUCCUGAUUAUGAUUUUGGCUUAUUGGAAGAAAAGAAGUUACUUGAUGUGUGUUUUCCACGUAUAGGAUCUUAGUAUUUCUAAAGGCCUACAGUGUUUGCUUUUGGCUUUGGUGGGGUUACUUACACCAUGUUUUUUCCCCACCUUGGUGAUUCAAUAAGGCUAUGUUUCCCUUCUCUUUUCAACAUCUCAAUCACUAUAGAGACUUUGUACUAAGAAUUUUAUAUUGUUAUAAAAUAUAAAUGUUGUACUAUAAUGAUGAUUA